AUGUCCUCCAUCGAGCCAGUGGUCGUCAUUGACGGCAAGGGACACCUUCUUGGUCGCCUGGCCAGCACUGUUGCUAAGCAGCUGCUUAACGGCCAGAAGAUCGUCGUUGUGAGAUGUGAAGCCCUCAACAUCUCCGGCGAGUUCUUCCGUGCGAAGCUGAAGUACCACGCCUAUCUUCGCAAGAUGACUCGUUACAACCCCACUCGUGGUGGUCCCUUCCACUUCCGUGCUCCCUCCCGCAUCUUCUACAAGGCCGUCCGCGGAAUGAUCCCCCACAAGACCCCCCGUGGUGCUGCUGCUCUGGAGAGACUCAAGGUCUUCGAGGGUGUUCCUCCCCCCUACGACAAGAAGAAGCGCGUCGUCGUUCCCCAGGCUCUGCGUGUCCUCAGACUCCGCCCCGGCCGCAAGUACUGCACCGUCGGUAGACUCAGCCACGAGGUUGGCUGGAAGUACCAGGACGUUGUUGCCAGACUUGAGGAGCGGAGAAAGGUUAAGAGCAGUGCAUACUACGAGCGCAAGAAGGCCGCUCGCCGCCAGCUCGUCCAGGCCCAGAAGUCGGCGAGCGUUGACGAGAAGACCAAGAGCCAGCUUGCUGAGUACGGAUAUUAG